AAACAAACAAGUAGCGGAGGUGGGCAGGGACAGAAGAGACACGCGCUACUGCACAAGUUAGUUGAUGCUGUGGUUGCCGCGUACGGCUGGGCGCGCAAACGGCGCGGGAGGGCGGCCAGGCGCAGGGAGGGAGCUAUGGCGACGUACGUGAGCGAGCUGGAGGUGGCCAAGAAGAACCUGAGCGAGGCGCUGGGCGAGAACGUGAAGCAAUACUGGGCAAACUUGAAACUUUGGUUCAAGCAAAAGAUCAGUAAAGAAGAGUUUGAUCUGGAAGCUCGCAGACUCCUCACCCAAGAUAACGUCCAUUCUCACAAUGAUUUCCUCCUGGCUAUUCUCACUCGAUGCCAAAUCCUGGUUUCUGCACCAGAGGGUCCUGGGCCUCUGCCGUGGACGGGUGGUUCUGCAACUAAACCUGGAAAACCCAAAGGAAAGAAAAAGUUUUCUUCAGUUCGGCAGAAGUUUGAUCACCGAUUCCAGCCUCAGAAUCCAUUGUCUGGAGCCCAGCAGUUUGUGGCAAAGGAUCCUCAAGAAGAUGAUGAUUUGAAGCUGUGUUCCCAUACAAUGAUGCUUCCCACGCGGGGCCAGCUAGAAGGAAGGAUGAUAGUCACUGCAUAUGAGCACGGGCUAGACAAUGUCACCGAAGAGGCAGUGACGGCUAUUGUCUAUGCUGUGCAGAAUCACCUUAAGGAUAUCCUGGCAUCUGUAGUAUCCAGGAGGAAAGCCUAUCGCCUGAGAGAUGGUCAUUUCAAAUACGCCUUCGGAAGCAAUGUUAACCCACAGCCUUACCUGAAGAACAGUGUUGUUGCCUAUAAUAAUCUAAUUGAAUGUCCUCCUACCUGCGUGGCACCUUCUGCGGGUCAGAAUCUAGCCUCCCACCCCGCUCCUGACGAUGCUGAGCAGCAGGCAGCUCUCCUCUUAGCAUGUUCCGGGAAUACUUUACCAGCUACUCUCCCUCCCGUGAACAUGUAUGACCUUUUUGAGGCAUUACAGGUGCACAGAGAAGUUGUUCCAGCACACACCGUCUACGCUCUAAACAUUGAGAGAAUCAUCAUGAAACUUUGGCAUCCAAACCACGAGGAGCUGCAGCAAGACAAAAUCCAUCGCCAGCGCUUGGCAGCAAAGGAAGGGCUGCUGCUAUGCUAAAGUGAGGAUGGCCGGCGUUGAGGCGGGCUGUCAUUUUGUGAACUCGGCAGCGGGGUCUCCUCAGCUUUGCCGUUAUGAAAACAGUGUCGAAUCUUGCAUCAUCGUGUCAGCAUUUCAAGGCAGAAAUGUGUAAUAUGUGUAACCUUUUCCUAUGGAAACGUGACCCAAGGGUAGUACAUCUUGUUUGCUAUCGUGAAGCCGUAGAGUCAACCCAACUCUGGGUUACUCUGACUGCUUGGGGCUGCACUGCUCCAACUGCAUUUGAAAAGGAAUGGAAGUUAGACUGUGUCCUGUGUAGGGAAAAAUGUGAGUGGCAGGGGGAGAAGGAACUAUUUAGUUUUAACUAUUUAGUUUUGUUUAGUAGGUGUGAUGUAUCUGUGCUGGCAAACAGCCUACUGCCAUAGAGGGCCUGACAGAGUGCAUGACUAUUUGUCACGCUCGACAGUGACUGUCUGAGUUGCAGCCUGAACCACUGUGCUUAAAAUCCAGGUGAAGAAACAUGCCUGUGGCAAAGUACCUUUCCUUUGGUGUAACUAGGACUUCCCUGUGAAGGGGAGAGGUCUGCUCCUCACUGCCAGAAUGGUUGUCAUGCGUUCUCCCUCUCUGCGCCCCGUCAGUGUCACCAGGGAGAACCCAGAUCCUGCC